GACCCGAUACAGCCCAAAUACGAUGACUUGCCAUCAAAAACUCCAUUUCGAUCUCAAAACCCAAACACUUUUAGCAAAGACAUAUGAACAUCCAGUAAAAAAAUUUCCAAAAAUAAAUUGAGUAAAGAGCUAAUAAUAAUUAACCAUUUAAACUCUACCAGCAGUAGGCAGUAGAUCUCCAUCUCCAUUCCAACAUGGCAGGGGCGGCCUCCGCGCUGUUCCUCCUUGACAUCAAAGGCAGAGUACUCGUCUGGCGUGAUUAUCGUGGUGACAUCACUUCAAUACAAGCCGAACAAUUCUUCACUAAGCUCAUUGAAAAAGAGGGUGAUCCACAGGAUCCUGUAGCAUAUGAUAAUGGAGUGACCUAUAUGUUUAUACAGCAUAAUAAUGUGUAUCUCAUGACUGCAUCGAGGCAGAACUGCAAUGCAGCUAGUCUCCUUCUGUUUCUACACCGUGUCGUAGAUGUAUUCAAACAUUAUUUUGAAGAGUUAGAAGAGGAAUCCCUCCGUGAUAAUUUUGUUGUAGUGUAUGAGCUACUUGAUGAAAUGAUGGACUUCGGUUAUCCUCAAUAUACUGAAGCAAAAAUUCUCAGUGAGUUUAUAAAAACUGAUGCAUAUAGGAUGGAGGUUACACAAAGGCCUCCAAUGGCAGUUACAAAUGCUGUGUCCUGGCGUAGUGAAGGGAUACGCUACAAGAAGAAUGAAGUGUUUUUGGAUGUCGUUGAGAGUGUAAAUAUACUUGUAAACAGCAACGGGCAAAUAGUGCGGUCAGAUGUUGUUGGUGCACUGAAGAUGAGGACAUAUUUGAGUGGCAUGCCUGAGUGUAAGCUUGGUCUGAAUGAUAGAAUGUUGCUGGAAGCACAAGGGAGAACUACGAAGGGGAAGGCCAUUGAUCUAGAUGAUAUCAAGUUUCAUCAGUGUGUGCGCUUGGCCCGAUUUGAAAAUGAUCGCACUAUAUCAUUUGUACCUCCAGAUGGAUCUUUUGAUCUUAUGACCUAUAGACUUGGUACUCAGGUAAAGCCUCUCAUAUGGGUAGAAGCUCAAGUGGAAAGACAUUCUAGGAGCCGUAUGGAAAUUGUGGUUAAAGCACGGAGCCAGUUCAAGGAACGAAGUACUGCAACUAAUGUUGAAAUUGAGUUACCCGUGGCAACGGAUGCUACAAAUCCAAAUGUCCGAACAUCAAUGGGAUCAUCUACUUAUGCACCUGAAAAAGAUGCACUGAUUUGGAAAAUAAAAUCUUUCCCAGGUGGUAAGGAAUAUAUGUUGAGAGCGGAGUUUACUCUUCCCAGUAUUACAGCAGAAGAAUCAGUUCCUGAGAGAAAAGCUCCUAUACGUGUAAAAUUUGAAAUACCUUAUUUUACAGUUUCGGGUAUACAGGUUCGCUACUUGAAGAUUAUUGAGAAAAGUGGCUAUCAGGCUCUUCCAUGGGUGAGAUAUAUUACUAUGGCUGGUGAAUAUGAGUUAAGACUAGUAUAAGGUCAAGCGCAGAUGGUGUUUCCAGCCAAUUGAGUUUGUUAGCAGGCCUCAAGUAACAAGUUCUAAAACUCUCAGCCCGUUUCGCAAAAGGCAACUGCUCGUUCACUCUGGAUAGCAACAUAUUUUUGGGGGCCAGUUUUGUUGUUUAUUGUAUUUGACUCUUACAUGUGAUGGUGUUCAUUUGCUUGUAUCAUAGCUUUUAACGAUUAGUCUCAUAUCAAAUAUUUCGUCAAGGCAGAUUCCCAACUAUCUACUGCUUUGUAUGUCUUGGUCUCGUAACAAAUGAUUGAUGUUAACAACAUUGGCAUUUUGUUGUUAUAUAUUUGAUGGUGGGAGUUUCUUUUUUA